AUGAUUGCUGUUACAAUUGAUUUCAAAUGUUCCAGUGCCAUGGAAGCGGAUAAAAAAGAUCCGCAAUCGUCUCAAAAGGCUGAUGAAAACCCCCAAGGACAAGGUGAGAAAGACGAAGCCGCGCCCAAGCCCCACAAGAAAGUACGGUAGUCUGAUGAGUUUGAGAAUUCAGAUCAGAAUUUGAUUUGUUUUAUUUCGUACUGUAAGAUAUUCGUUCUAGAUAAUCGUUGGAGUAUGUGCAAUGCAAAGAAAAGCCAAUUCGAAGCCGAUGCGUGCGAUCAUGAAGAAGAUUGCGGAGUAUUACAAGGAAUGGCUUGAGAUCUACGUGUUCCCAGAGGAUGUUAUUCUCAAUGAUCCUGUCGAGAAUUGGCCUCUUUGUGAUUGUUUGAUCAGUUUUCAUGCCACGGACUUUCCAUUGAAUAAGGCCAUCGAGUAUGAGAGAUUGAGGAGACCGUAUGUCAUCAACGACCUUCAUCGACAGUUCGAUCUGGUAAGGAUACUGUAGUUUAAUUGAUGUCUACUACAAUUCGAUUAUUGUUAUUAUUUUUGCAGCUGGAUCGAAGAAAAGUGUUCCGAACAUUGGCCCGCGCCGGAAUCGAGCAUCCCAGGCAUUGUGUUCUGGUCAGAAAUGAGGAAGGAAAAGGUAAAAUACCCGUAUUUAAUAUCUGAAAAAGAGUUUCAGUUGUCGGCGGGGAACUGCGCGAGUUCAACGACCACAUCGAGGUCAAUGGAAUGGUGUUCAACAAGCCCUUUGUGGAGAAACCGAUCUCUGCCGAGGAUCACAACGUCUACAUCUAUUUCCCCAGCUCUGUUGGUGGCGGCUCUCAACGAUUAUUCCGAAAGGUAGGUUAAGAUGCAAGUUAAUAAUGUGGGGAAGAAAUAACACGAUAGGUUUGCUUCUCCCCUCGGUUAGAAUUUCCCUUCCUAUUGCUUUUCCCAUACUAACACCCUUCAAAAAGGCCCUGGGGCACUUUCCCAUCAUGGCUAUUAAAGCCAGUAGGCGAUUCGGACAUUGCUUUAAAGUCGGCUGCUCAGGUAAACGAUCGGAGUUCCUGGUACUCCCCGGUGAGUACUGUGAGACGAGAAGGAUCUUACAUUUAUGAGGAGUUCAUACAAGCAGACGGAACUGAUGUUAAAGUGUAUGCAGUGGGACCUUAUUAUGCACAUGCUGAAGCCAGAAAAGCGCCAGGAUUGGAUGGGAAAGUGGAAAGAGAUCAGGAUGGGAAGGAAGUCAGGUAUCCAGUCAUUCUGACGGCCAAGGAGAAAAUGAUCGCCAGAAGGGUUGUCAUCGCGUUUGGAGUAAGUGGGGACUAAUUGACAACUCUGUCUUAGCAAACCGUCUGUGGAUUCGAUCUUCUCCGAGCCAACGGAAAGUCCUACGUUUGUGAUGUGAAUGGAUUUUCGUUUGUGAAAACAUCCACUAAAUAUUAUGAAGAUACCGCGAGGAUUCUGGGAAAUACAAUCCUUAGAAGAUUGGCUUCUUCCCUGAGUAUCCCUUGGCAUAUUCCAUUUCAAGCUGGUAAGUGAUACUCAUAACCUCAUGUGUAUGCGAUAUAUAGAUGAUCCACCUUUGGUUUCAACUCCCAGUGGUCGAAUAAUGGAACUCCGAUGUGUGGUUUCGGUGAUCAGACAUGGGGACAGAACUCCCAAGCAGAAGAUGAAAGUAGUCGUGAAUGAUGAGAGAUUUCACAAUCUCUUCAAAAAGUAUGGAAAGGAAAAGAAAAUGGAAAUCAAAAUGAAAAAACCGGCACAAUUGAUGGAAAUGCUGGAAUUGAUCAGAGAAAUACUCCAUGAACAGCAAGACCUGAGGUCCAGUUCGUUGUCUAGAAUGACCGAGCUCAGAGAAGAUGAAGCCGAGUUCAAAGAAGUCGAAGCGGCCUUGGAGAAAGCUGAGGAAAAUGUCAAAACUUGGGACCAGAUGAGAACUGUUCUCGAAAUGUAAGGGAUACUCGCCACAUAAACUCCCGACAAUUUGCACAGUGUGGUUUUUCGCGUUCGUCAUCGCGACUUCCGGUUUUUAAAUAGCACGUGACAUGCACUUUUUACAAAAUUGUUGGGUCUUUAGCAAGUAGUAUAUUACGUAAUACUUUAGGUAUGGCCACUUCUCUGGGAUCAAUCGGAAGAUCCAAAUGAAAUAUGUAAACCCGAAAGAUGUGAAAAACAGCUCCGAAUCAGAAGAACCUCAGUCCCCGGACAUACUUCUUAUCGUUAAAUGGGGUGGAGAACUGACAACAGCCGGAGUAUUACAAGCUGAAGCGUUGGGGAAGUUAUUCCGGACAUUAUAUCCGGGAAUCAGAAGAACGGACGGGAAGGAUGGACCGGAAGACACUCAAGGACUAGGAUUCCUCCGACUUCAUUCAACCUAUAGACAUGAUCUCAAGAUAUAUGCAUCGGAUGAAGGAAGGGUUCAGAUGACUGCUGCCGCUUUUACUAAGGUAAUUUUGAUGACUGACUGAGUAUCCCCCUUUCGGGUUCCUGAAGGGGGGAUACACAAAAAUCCUGACUCUUUUGAUACCACAACUAAAAUUAAUUUUUAUAUAAAAUUUAAUUUGGAUUAGGGAUUACUGGCGCUCGAAGGAGAAUUGACCCCUAUUUUGAUGCAAAUGGUCAAGUCAGCAAACACUGAUGGUCUCCUCAAUGAUGAUUACAAUGCCAGGCAAUUCCAGAACGACCUCAAAGGAUAUCUGCAUUCAGUUCUUCAGGCUGACAGAGAUUUUACACCAGAAGAUUAUCAAAGUCUGAAUCCAUCGGGCCUCAGGUCCAUAAAUAAUGCCAUGGAAUUCAUCAAAAACCCGAGAAAAAUGUGCCAUGAGAUUGCCGGAUAUGUCCAGAAAAUGUGUGAGAUCAUCCGAUGGCACAAAAUCAACAAACCCGGUUUGUUUUGAAUCGUAAUUUUUUAAAAUUUUUGUACUUUUUUAGAUAGAUGCCUCUACCUCAACGAAAGCUGGGAGCUGGCCGAACGCCGUUGGUCGAAAGAACUCCGGGAAUUCAGAAAGAAUAAUCGAAACGGAACAGAUACCGACUUUGAUAUCUCGAAGAUCCCGGAUAUCUAUGACAACAUAAAAUACGACCUCGAACACAACCCCGACCUUUGCAUUAACAGUGAAACCGAAUUCGAGAGGUUCUACCUGUGUGUAAAGAACAUGGCUGACAUUGUCGUCCCGCAGGAAUACGGGAUCAGCACGGAAAGUAAGAUCUGCGUCGCCCAGAGAGUCUGCACCCCCUUAUUGGCAAAGAUUAAGAACGACCUCCACCGUUGUGUCCAGAAUCCGGAAGAUGAAGCCGAAAGUCUAACUAGGUUGGAUCCACGGGCUUCGGAAGGGAUUGCAACUCCAAUGAGACAUGUCCGGACAAGACUCUACUUCACCUCGGAAAGCCACAUCCACACUUUGAUGAAUCUGAUUAGAUACGGAGGACUCUGUCCAGUAAGUUUCUCAAGAAUAAAAGUUACCUUUAUCUUAGCCGGAUGACAAGAAAUGGCAGAGAGCGAUGAACUUCCUCUCCGGAGUCACCGAAUUCAAUUACAUGACGCAAGUCGUGUUAAUGGUUUAUGAAGACAGUAGAGCAGAAGAAGAAGGAAAUCCAACUGACCGAUUCCAUGUGGAACUCCUCUUCUCUCCUGGACUUUAUCCCUGCUUCCUAACGGAGAAGGAGAAGAUCUAUGAGACCAGAUUCAACAAUAAACAGAAGAUCCCCCAUUCAUUGAACACCAAGAGCUCCAAGACCUAUAAGAGUUAUUCGAGUGACGCCUCUGAUCGUGAAGGGAAUGAGUCGGACUUUUCGAAGGAAGCUUCUGUUCCUACUCUCAACCCUGCCAAGGAUUCUCAAAGAAGUUGUUCAUUUGAUGUCCCAUCUAGAUCGAACUCUUUGAAAACUCCGAGGACAUCGCCAAGAAGAACAUCGCCCUUGGAAAAAGAUGCCGCGAAAGUCCCAGAAGAUAAAAAAGGAAGUCCGGAAGGAAAAGAAGAUGGUCAUGAAUCGGAUGAGGAACUCACUGAUAACGCCGUUAAUCUGGUAGUGCUCGGAGAAGUCGCGGGUAAAGAGUUCAGUGAGAUGGGGCAACCGGCUCCACAACUAUCUAGGAAACGGCAUACGACAUCGGAAAGAUAUGAUGUUCAGACCAAAACAGAAGAAUUGGUGGAAGAAGCAACUCCAGAAAACUACAUGAGUUUGAUUUAUAACAAUGCUCAGAAAUUAGAGGAGGUCGGAAAGAAUAACGCCACGGGAGAAGCGGACAUCCCAAAAUUUGUGAGAUUCAACACAAAUCCCAAUCAAAUCAUCAAAUCGAUGAGUGAUGUGGCCUGUAAUAGACGAAGACUUCUGUCCACCGACGAUUCCCUAGAUGAAUCCAGAUUAAAAGAAGCCGAAGCCAAUGCCGAAGGACUGAUUCUAGAAGCGAAUCAAGCCACGGUGGGAAGUGGGCGAGGGAAUUGGGCCAAAGAUAUUCUGGGGGCGAAAGACGACGAGACAGACAAAAACAAUUCGAGCACUUCAUCCACAAAGACCUCCAACACAUCUCCCAAUGAACCCGAUCGACCUCCAUUAUCAGAAGUAUUCAGCCGAAGAGAUAUUAUAGUGAUGAAGAGAUCCGAAUCCAAAGAACCCCUUGGAAUUCAGAAUGCAGAGAAUCAAGAACUCAAAAGAGAUGGAGAAGAAGAAGCCAAGCGCCAUAGCUGUAAGUUAGUACCGCAUUAAAACUGACCCUAUAUUUCCCAUGAGUUUAAUAUCAAGGCAUUCCUUUGUUGCUUCAUAAUGUCUUUGACGAUUUCAGCGCGACGAUCACGUUUCCCCUAUCGUUUCAAGCAUCAUACAGUCAAUUUGCUUACAGGUCCGUAGAUAUCUGUUUAUACUUUUCAGGAUAUUGUACUAAACUUCAUUUUUUAAACCCGAAUCUAUGCUUAAUCUAAUACCCAGACUUCAGGUGGAAGUAGUGUAGAUAAUCGACUUAUCAGCACUGACGUCCUUAUGGGGAAGUUUGCAGACACGAGCAGGAAACGUCAUCUGAACAGUAAGUUAAGUUUUAAUGGUAAUUUUGUGUGAAUUUAGACCCCGCGGUGCUCUCAACAGCUGUUAUUGCCCGAUCCUCGUCUGCCCCUAGACUUCAGACCUACAAGGAUGGCGAUGAGAUCCCAGUAGCCGAGAUUCGAAGAUUCUGGCCACCCUUGCGAUCACUGGAAACAAUGCAUGACAACAUUCAAUUCAAGCAAUUCGAUCAAUUCUUGGAGAAAAUGAUCGUGAACAACACCCCACUACCCUCGCCUCCACGAACCCCGGUUUUUAAAGAUGACACUCCCAAUCAAGGUAGGAUAUAAUGAUGUUAAUCUAACGUGUUAUAUUAUUGUUUGUAAUUAAAUUAUUUUAGCCGCCAUAGACUCUAAACUAAAGGACACAAUCCGUCGUCUCAACAAGAUUCGACCAGACUCAGUUGACGCAUAA